AGACAUGCCAAAAUCCCCUGUGUAUUGUAUUUUUUCCGGGCCUAGCCGAUUGAGUAAUAUACCCGGAAGUCUUACAACACUGACACAGAGACUUCACAGUUACUAAGUGCGAUCAGACGGAAUAAAAGAUGUAGUCAUCUUAAUAUGGCUCUGUUUAUUCAUGUACCCAUGUGCAAUGACCCUGCAUGUGACGUGCAUAUCAAACCGUUGUGUAAUUUUCUAACAAAUCAUGGAUUUAGUAUUGGCGAUGAUCUCCAAAUGAAUGGAAGGUUCAGCUGUCAGUUCAAAGAAAACUUCCUCAAAUGUUCGUACACAAUAUUACAUGAAUGUGAACAGUUGUGGUCCAAAAUUGGCCACCAAGAAAGUAUCAUCGCGCUUUUAAACCAAGAUCACAAAAAAGUUAUUUGCAUUUCCUUUUUAGAUAAAAACUGUGGCCCAUCGAGCCCAAACAAUGACCUAAAAAGCUUCUUUCAGGAUUUCCACGUUCAAAAUUUAACUACAGAACAGGACGUGGAAAAAUUCGUUAACACUGUAGUUACAACAUUGCAAAGCGUCUCCAAUGAUGAGGUGGACCCGGAACAUGAAGCAAUUGCACCUCCAAGACCACAUCCUAUCGCUAGCAAAGAGUACGUCUUUCAUAAAGGCUACAUCAACGCUUCUGAAAGUGUCGACGUUUUGUUUCAAAGGAUAAUGUUCUUAUACAGCCAGGUCAGAGAGAGAGCGUUUAGCCAACAGGGAGCCUUCAUGAAGUACCCGGAUGUCAUCGGGUACAUGUACGUCCCAACGGUGUAUCUUCGAUUGCUUCCACACGACAUGGACAGCAGCGAAAUUAUUGAUUUUUCCAAGAUUCAAAACUACACUGACCUAAAGGAGUUCAUCAACUUGAAAGAGGGAGACACUUUUAACAUCAGCUUUUUCUUAAACAAGAUCAUUCCUGAACUGUACAGCAGCAACUGUGCCCUGGGAUUGGCCACAUUAGCUCUAAGUCAGAACCACACUCUUGGCGAGCAGUCCGUGUCCAUGCUCGAGCAGCUGAUAUUUCGAGGUCAUCGCGGCAGCGCAUCGACCAAUACAGAUACUCUUCAAAGUGUACAAAUUCUUCUUGCUGACGCAUUGGUUCAACUCAGUCAAAGUCUAUGGUCUGUUUCUCGAAAGAAAUUAGCGUCAUGUCAGAACAGCAAAGAAAUGACCGUGUCCAGACUAGCUAAUGUCAUAGUGCUGCUUCAAAUGGAAAAACUGGUCACGACAUUCAGGGCAGAUAACUGGCAAGAAUUUGAAACGUCCAAUGAUCGGCUAAGUACGAUUUUAAACUCUAGUAAACAGAGCGAAAACGUGAAAACUUUGCUCAGAACUUUAGAAAUGUUUUUUUUACGAUCUCCAAACAAAUUGAACAGAACUCUGCAGAAUUUGUUGACCGACAUCUCUGUUGAUGAGCUCAUCUUGCUGGCCAAAGAAGUUUGGGGGAAAGAACUGGGGCUAACUCUACUUUUUGUGUUUAGCUGCUUUAAAAAGCUUUUUACUACGAAGAACAUAAGGCUCGUCCAAGUUUUGAAAGAAUGUGUUCGUACAAAAUCCAGAAUUUCUUUUUGGAAUUCAUCACUUAAUCCUAUUGUGGCUGACAUCGUGUUCAGAGGGUUGACUCAUUUUGUGACAUUUUGUUUAAGAGAAGCCUCUCACGAAAACAUCCAUGAAAUAUGUGUCGAGGUUGUCAAGCUGAUCAAAUCCACCUCCAAGUUGCAACCAGCACACGAGGUUAAACUUUAG